AUGUCAACGCCAACAUCAAAGUUACAACUUGCGCAGAAGAUAACGUCAUUGCUCAAGACGCUCCCCAAGGACCGCCUAAACCAUUACGCCUCGUUCAAAGAUUCGCAACUUGCGCGAUUUCACAACAAGGAAAAACUACAGCAAAUAUCGGAACAGGACUUGAGAUUGCAGUUUAUCGCGCUCAAGGAGUUGGUCAAUGACAAAUACAAGAACUACUAUGCCUUGGAUGAUAAAUUGUUGAAACCAAAGGGCAAUCCUGAGUAUUAUUCGCGGUUAUUGAGUGAGAUUCGAGGUGAAAAGAGGGAGACUAUGCUUACUGCUAUGAGAACUGUUGUCUUUGGGAAAUGA